AUGACGUCUGUCCUGCAGGAGAUCACUCUGUCUGAGGUGCUGCAGGUCCGAGGCCCCGCCCAUCUCACCGUGCCCGCCUCGCCAGGCCACACCUUGGAGGUGGAGACGGCCACGCUGGUGUUCUGCGUGGCGACCGGAGAGAGCGGGCCGGCCUGGGAGAACGCCAUCCGGCAGGCUCUGAUGCCGGUGCAGAGCAGCGAAGGACACGGAGAGCAGGAUGAAGAGUCACGCAGAGACAGUUUGGACAUCAGCUCGGUGUAUCAGAUCUCCACAGACGAGGUGUUGGGCUCGGGACAGUUUGGAGUGGUGUACAAAGGUACUCACAGGAAGUCGGGUCGGCCAGUCGCCAUCAAAGUCAUCGACAAGACGCGCUUCCCCACCAAACAAGAGACGCAGCUGAGGAACGAAGUGGCCAUCUUGCAGAAUCUGUCCCACCUCGGUGUGGUUCUGUUGGAGGGGAUGUUCGAGACGGUGGAGUACGUCUUUGUCGUCAUGGAGAAGCUCCAUGGAGACAUGCUGGAGAGCAUUAUGUCCAGUGAGAGUAGCCGACUCCCUGAACGCAACACCCGCUUCCUCGUCACGCAGAUCCUCGAGGCUCUGCGGUAUCUGCACUUCAAACAUAUCGCUCACUGUGACCUGAAGCCUGAGAACGUCCUGCUGGCGUCUGCAGACCCUUUCCCUCAGGUGAAGCUGUGCGACUUCGGCUUCGCCCGCAUCAUCGGCGAGAAGUCUUUCCGCCGUUCGGUCGUGGGCACGCCGGCCUACCUGGCGCCCGAGGUGAUCAGCAGCAGCAGCGGCUACAACCGCUCGCUGGACAUGUGGUCCGUGGGCGUCAUCAUGUACGUGAGCCUGAGCGGCACGUUCCCCUUCAACGAGGACGAGGACAUCAGGCAGCAGAUCACCAACGCCACCUUCAUGUACCCACGGCAGCCGUGGGCCUCCAUCUCGCUGGAGGCCGUGAGUCUCAUCAACAACCUGCUGCAGGUGUCGGUCAGACGCAGGUUCAGUGUGGGCAAAGCUCUGGGACACCCCUGGCUGCAGGACUUCCAGCUGUGGUGUGACCUGCGGGGGUUCGAGCAGCAGAUGGGCUGCAGGUAUCUGACGCACCGAGGGGACGAGGAGCGCUGGAUACACUACACCCAGGAGAGGGGCCUGGACUUCCCCUCCCACCUCUGCUGGGACCCCGACAUGUGACCUCGGUGACUACGUU